AUUGGAGAUCUUUCUAUUAUUAAAGGCUUAAAAAAUGUUAAAAUAAAAUUAAAAAGAGAAAAUAAAAAACACAAGGAGAGAUUUACCAAAGGUGGCAUUUCCCUUGCUCUUCUUCUUCUUUCUCACCGUCUCUAAGCUUUCGCCGACCAUCUUUCUUCACGUUCGUGCCCUUUUUCUUCCAGAAACUUCUUUCGUUUUCUCUCUCCUCUUCAACCCUGAAAAGCGCAGGCCAUUCUCUAUCGAUCGACGCUUCUGAUUCUCUCUCCUUUGAAUCAUAAAGUGUCAACUCAUCACUGGUUUUUGAGAAUGAAUUUGGGCUCGGCUUUAAUAAGGAAGGAAUUGGAAAUCACUUGUGGCUGGUCUAGGAACCAAUAGAAUGGCUGUUUUGUUAUAAGAGGAUGCCAAGGGAAUAAAGCUGUUCUCAACAAGGAAAGAUGGAUGAAUUAAAGAGAUGUUUUACAUCAAGAACAUUAUCCUAAGGUUGCAACCGUUACAGUAGCACUUGGAAGAUAAAUGCCACUUCCACAGAUCAAGGCCGCUGGUGCAGCAGAUGCAAUGAAGAUGGAAGAUGGAAAUGACUCUUUAGACACGUUCAUCAGACAAGCAAUAGGGAAAGAGCCUUUUCUUUCUUUCUCCAGGGCAAAUGACAGUCCAGUUCAGUGGAUUCAGUUACUUCAUGCCUUGGAUCAACAAGAUUUGCCAGGGUGGCCUUUGUUAUCUCCAUUGAAGGUUCAAAUGCAGAAAUGUGAUAAAUGUUCUCGUGAAUUUUGUUCAACUAUCAAUUACCGAAGGCAUAUGCGCCUCCAUAGGAGGAAUUUGAACAUUGAUAAGGAUUCAACUAUGAAAAACAGGGGCCUGUUGCAAGCUUUUUGGGAUAAGCUUUGUCCGGGAGAAGCCAUGGAGGUUAUCUCAUUUGAUGACGUUUCUCUUGAGGGAGUUAGUGGGUGCUCGAUUGUGAAGGCAUUGACAUCAUUUAUUCGGAAACCUGGAUUCACUUCUCUUCCACAGAUUUAUGUAAGAUCUGGGUCUGCACUCCUGGACCUUGUCCAGGGUAGACCUUCCAGGUUCCCGAUAUCGUCACAAGAGCUGUUUAGUAUUUUAGAUGAUGCAAGCGAGAAAACCUUUUUAUGUGCUGGCACAGCUACAUCAUUACAGAAGUAUGUGUUUGACGGUGAGGCUGGGAAGAUUGGGCUUGAGAUGAGGAACUUGGUUGCUUGUACCAGUUUCCUUGUUGAGCAGAAAGUGGUCAAGGCAUGCCUUGCUGAUAAGGAGGCUGAAGCUUUAAGGUACCAGAAAUUGCUUGUGGAGGAAGAAGAAGCUGCUCAAAAGAGACAAGCUGCUCUUAUGGAAAAGAAAAGACAGAAGAAAAUUAGGCAGAAGGAGCAAAGGGCAAAGGAGCAAGCCAUUGCGGAAAUAGAUGAUUCUCCAGAAGAAAGUUCCUCUUCUCCGCCAACAUCAAGCCCUGUUAACACCCCUGACUCUAUUCUGGAUGUUCCAGAAAUUCUUCACAACUUAACUUUAUCUUCUGAGCCUGUUCAAAUAAUGAAUGUGGAAGCAGAUAGCACCAAAAUUCAAGAAUAUGAAUAUGCAGAUUUUGAUACUUCUCAAAAUGUUUAUCCUGAUUUGGUUACUUACCAUAAUGUUGAGCAUAGAACAUCGCAUCGAAAUGGCCGAAGGUACACAGUUAACUCUCGUUGGCAAGUACAAAAAUUGCAGAGAACACCUAAUGGCUUCCAUACCAGUCACAACAAUCAGGCACCAAAGCUUGGACCCACGCAAAAGCAUGCUUCUUCCAGGGAUUCCCGUUCUGCUGCAACCAUUGGCAUUAAAGUUUGGACCCCAAAACCAAAAUUAGACACUGAUGAAGAGGGUUGCAAGCAUAGGUUACAGAUUGAAGCACCAAAUCCACCUGGCCAGGAUAAAAAGCAUGAAGUUCUAAUUGGUUCAAUAUCUGUCACACUUGGAAAUUGUAAUAACCCGCAACAUGACGAAGAUCUUGUUCGAAAUUUAGAAAGCAGUGCCUUGGAGGUCUCCACACCAAACGUAAAUGGUAUUAAUGAGAAGCCUAUGAAAAAUGAGGCAAUUCAGGGUACUGCAAUUCGUUCACAUAAGGGGGGCCAGCUCCCCAUCCAAAAUGGUGGUAGUGCUUGUGAACUUGGUAGCAUCCCUUGCAAUGACUGUAAUGAGGUCCAGCAGACAUGUGAAGCAGAGACUUACUCGAAUUGCCGUGAAGACAAUUAUGCUUCUGUUGAAGGUGGACUUGAGAGAGGUUCAAGGUUUUCCAGCCAUGUGGCCGAAGCUUUUCUUGCAAAAAGGUGGAAGGAGGCUAUUGCAUCAAACCAUGUGAAGCUAGUCUUACUUCCUGAAGCUAGACCUCCUGAAGGCCCUGAUGUGCAGAAUGAAAACAAAGGUUCGUCCAGGUUGGAACAUCGUCGCAUCCUUCAUAGUGCAGAGAACCGUUUGGAGAAUUACACAAACCUUGAACAUUCAGUGGCUGUCAAGUCAAAAACCAGAGCUAAGGCAGAGAAGGGCAGUAAGGUGAAAUACAUUCCAAAACAAAAAAGUGCUUAUUGAAAUUCUGGGAUUCAUAGGUGGUAUAGCAUAUGUGCAGUUUUCAUUUACUAUAUCUUACAUUCUUAGCAGAGGUUCCAGUUUUAACAGCGGUCUUCUGUCCGAAAAUUUUUGGGGAAGUGAUUAUUUAGUAGCAAUCUAGUUUCUUUUCUGGUUUCAGGAUGCAGUAACCUCUAUUUUUGCCUUCAAUAGGUUAGAUUUUUUUCCUCAUGUAAUAAACUGGGGUUUUUAUAAGUGAUGUUGCAGAUUUUACCCUCUGGCUUUUUGUUGGCAAUUUAUAGUUUUGCGUCUCUUCUCUUUAAAAUGCGAAAGUGUAUAGCUUCCGAAGUUCAAGAUGAUAAGUUUAGUAUAGUACUAGUUAGGACUUAGGAGACUUCGGACCUGACCAAUUGAUGUCAUAGAAAAAUUUGUGCAUCUAUCAUUCUUUCCUGUUAUUCCUAUGGUUUAAUGAUAUGAUAUCUAUGCUGCA